CCACGUCAGCAGUGCCACGUCAGACACAGUGCCACGUAAGUAGUGCCACGUCAGUCACAAUGCCACGUCAGCAUGGCGGGUCCAGCAAUGGGCCUGCCAGGCCAACUGGCCAAUGAGCCUAUUGCCAACUACAAAAAGCGCUUCCAGGCUCAGCUCGCUUUCAUCGAGGCUGAGGAACAACGCCAGCUGGCAGCCGCGGCUGCCCGCCUACAGGCUGAAGAAGCGGCAACAGCAGAGAAUUUGCGGCUACAGGCCGAAGCAGAUGCAGAUGCCAAGGCUCGCCGCAAGGAAGCCCAGGAUCUGCUGCAGCGGCAUGAAGCCAACAACAUCGAGAGACUCAAGUUCUGGCACUUUGAACCGAACGGCGACGACGCAACACCGGAAGAGCAGCAUAAGGAGUUCCUCUCCAAACUCGUGACACGGUUGCUGUGUGCUUGCAACUACCAACGGUCCGAGUUAGAGCAACAGUACCAGGAUCUGAAGACACAGCACCAGGAGUUGGCGAACCUCCGCCGGAUGGUGCAGAGCCACGAGGAUGCAACAUGGGCACUCAAUUCCCGUGUGCUGGACCUGGAACAGGCUGUACCAGGACCAGAUGUUGGGGAUUCCAGCAGUGCACCCUCUAGCCGCCAACUGGAGGAACGCGUCGACCACGUCCUCGCAAUGCUCGGCGACAUCAGCACCUUUGCUGCGAGGACCACCAUCAGCAAUCAGCUGGACACUUUGAAGACCGAGUUCCAGCAACUGCAUUCGACGAACACGGAUGGCAACAAUCCUAAGCAAUACAAGAUGCCAACCUUUCAACUGGAGAAGUUCGACGACUACACACAUCAGGACCCGGUGCUCUGGUGGGAAGCAUUCACGACGCAACUUCAGAUUCUGCUUGUCGCCAAGCACGCGUACAUCGGCGCCCUGUUCAUGAACUCAAAGGGCGGAUGCCAGAUCUGGUUAACCCACCUGGCAGCCACCCAUGGCGUCGACGUCGCAGAUCUGAAGGACAAGAUCACAUGGGAAGAGUUAACACGGCUGUGGAAGAAGCGGUUCAUCGUCGACGACGCUCGAGCACUAGCCAUCAACCGUCUCUUCACCAUGUCUCAGGGCAACACAGCAACAUGGGACUGGCUCACGGAAUGGCAGAAGAUCGCGGCAGUGCCCGAUCUGGACUUACCUUUCACGCAUCUACGCCGUGAGUUCUACAACAGGUCAUGUGCUGCACUGAGCCAGGCACUUGGUGAUCGCGAGCAAUACACCACCUUCGCUGAGAUCAUUGAUAAGUCAAGGGAGAUCAUCAAGACCAACAGGUCAGUUGCGCACGAGAAGUCAACAUGGCAGCCAACCUAUGUGGAGAAGGUGAGAACUGGUCCGCGACAGCAGCAGUUCGCUGCAGUCCAAUCGGACAGUGGAGAAGACCCAGCAGCCACUCCAGCAUCACGUGAGGGAGAUCAGGUGGCUGCUGUCCAGCCGCGAAGCAACAAACCCCGAGUGAACGGGAAGGCGAAACCAGCAUCGCAGGCCGGAAACGGACAGCCAGCACCACCAUGGGUCAAGUUCGGCUUGACCAAGGCCGAGUUCAAGUACCGCAACCAUUACGGCUGCUGUUACUGGUGCACAGCACCAAGCACAAGACCUCCAUUUGCCAGGAUCAGGCCAAGGAGGAUGUGCGGCCUCGUCUUAACUCGGGAAACUGAGUUGCGUAGGAGAGCAUCUCGCAACUAUAUGAGUCAGGACUUCAUGACGAUCAGAAAUGUCGGCCCUCUACCACGCAUCGACGAUCUUCUCGAGCGACUAGGCGGCACCAAGUUCUUCUCCAAGCUCGAUCUCAAGUCGGGAUAUCACCAACUCGAGAUUCGCAAGGAAGAUCGCUACAAGACCGCGUUUAAGACGCAAUAUGGGCAUUUUGAAUGGCUGGUUAUGCCAUUUGGCCUUACGAAUGCCCCGGCCACUUUCCAAGCGGCUAUGACAACGGAGUUCCGACACAUGCUGGAUCGAUACGUACUUAUCUACCCCGACGACAUCCUGGUGUACAGCCGGAGUUUGGAGGAGCAUGUGGAACACCUGCGCACCGUUUUGGAGCGGCUACGACAAGCCAAGUACAAAGCCAACCGCGAUAAGUACCAGAAAGAUUGGGUUGACCGCCUCCCCGACAUCGAGUUCGCCUACAACACUUCAGUGCAUCCGGCGAUCGGCGUGACUCCAUUCGAGUUGCACCACGGUGGAUGGAAAGGCCGUAUCUUUGCCGACCUUCUCCUCCCUCGACCAGCCGACGUUGACGCCGCUUGCUCUCCCGCUUCCGUUCGGAAGUAUAGGGAAUUGCUGGCUCAGGCCCGCGCAAACGUGCAAAAGGCUCAGAUCCGCAUGCAGCAGCAGGCCAACAGGCGUCGCGUGCCAUGUCCCAUCCGCGCCAGUGAUCUGGUUUGGGUCUUCGCGGAAGAGUUUGCACUGGAACAGGAUGUUUCACGCAAACUGCUUCCCAAGUGGUUUGUACCAUGGUCUGUGACAUCAGCAGCGGGCGAUGAGCCCAAUGGCCCUUCAUUUGUGAUCAACAUUCCCGAGCAUCUGACGGUCCAUCCAGUCUUCCACGCAUCAAAGCUGGCAACAUAUACACCAGCUAAGAGCGAUGACUUCCCGGGCCGACGAUCGCAGGACCCUCCAUCUAUGGAUGGUCAUCAGGAGGUUGACCGCCUCAUCUUGGAUCGCAAGUACGACAGCAAGCCGCGACAGUACAAAGUUACAUUCCGAGCAUGCGAUCUCGACGACACUCGGUGGAUUUCAGGAGCAGAUUUGAAAACAUCCGCACCGCUGAUCUACGCUCACUAUGAGCGACAAAGGUUAGCCAAGGGACCUCCACGACCCGCCCCUCCCACCCGGACUGUGGUCCCUCCCUCAGACAGACAGCUUCGCCCUCGCAGGAAAGCUCUGUCUUUCAAGGAGGGGGGGGUGUGGCAUACUGCGUAGCCACACGGGCCCUGCAGGGCCCGUCCCGCAUUUCCAGCCUAAAAGCCUAAAAGUUAGGGCUUACAGGCCCUGGUCGUUUCAGCCUGAAAGC